AGCGACUGUGAUAUAAAAUUUUAUUUGUUGUUAUUCGUGGUGUUCGUUAGUUUGGUUUUAUUUUCGCGAAAAACCCGAAUUUUUGGAAAGUUUUAGUCGGCGUUGUGAUUUAAGUAAGGUUGUUGGAGUAUCUAGCACUGACUAAUCGAUAAAUGAAGAUUUCCUCAUGUCGCGUUCAAAUCAAGAUAAAUAUGAUGGAAAUAGCAGUAGUAACGCCAACAACCGUCGGCAGUAUAGGCUCAUGUCUCCUGAGGAAGUAGCUGCUGGGAAGAAGUCGUAUUGGACAGAGUUGGAAAUUACAGGAAUUGUGCGUAAUCUUAGCCCAGAAAUAUGGAAGUUAACGCAUUUAACCUGUUUAUACUUAAACGACAACCACCUAACACGGCUUCCUACGGAUAUCUCAAAACUAGUUAACUUAACGUCUUUAGAUCUAUCUCACAAUAAGUUACGCAGCCUUCCUCAGGAAUUGGGUGAACUUAUUUAUCUGAGAGAAUUGCAGCUGUGCAAUAAUUUACUACGUUCGUUGCCGUAUGAAAUUGGGAAACUAUUUCACUUGCAAGUUUUGGGCCUACAGGGCAAUCCUUUGAAUAAAGAAUGUUGGAAAAUAUACAACGAACCUAAUGGAACUCACAAAUUGUUAUCGUUUCUGCUGGAUAGUUUGCAAGUUGAUGCUCCUAUGCCACCCGAAAGACCGUGGAUUCCAUUAGCUAGACCAACACGGUCAAGACCCACGUGUCUUAUAACGGUGAUGUGCUAUAACGUCUUAUGUGACAAAUAUGCUACUCGCCAGAUGUACGGAUAUUGCCCUACAUGGGCUUUAGCGUGGGAUUACCGCAAGAAAAAUAUAUUAGCUGAAAUUAGACAUUACACCGCCGAUAUAAUUAGUUUACAAGAAGUCGAAACGGAUCAAUUUUACAAAUUUUUCUUGCCAGAAUUAAAAAGAGACGGCUACGAUGGAAUAUUUUCUCCCAAGUCUAGGGCGAAGACGAUGACUGAAAACGACAGAAAAUACGUUGAUGGCUGCGCGAUCUUCUACCGUACCGCCAAAUUUUCUUUGGUGAAAGAGCAUCUCAUUGAGUUUACUCAGUUGGCUAUGGCGAAUUCAGAAGGAUCUGACGAUAUGUUGAAUCGUGUGAUGCCCAAAGACAAUAUAGGUUUAGCUGCGCUACUUAAAACUAAAGAAGCUGCUUGGGAUAACGGUUUACCAAGCGAUAUAAAUCAAGUUCAUCAGCCGAUAUUAGUUUGCACGGCCCAUAUACAUUGGGAUCCAGAGUAUUGUGACGUUAAGCUGAUUCAGAUAAUGAUGUUGUCUCACGAGCUGAGAAGUAUACUAGAAGAAGCUAGUCAAAAUUUCCGACCCGGACAUAAACCCGAUAUUUCUUCCGUACAGUUGCUACUGUGUGGCGAUUUCAACUCUUUACCGGAUUCUGGUGUGAUCGAAUUCUUAUCGACUGGUCGUGUGAACGCUGAUCAUCAGGAUUUUAAAGAUCUUCCGUAUAAAUCAGUAUUACAAAAGAUAUCCGGAUGUGAGAAACCUAACGAAUUCACACAUUCCUUUAAAUUAUCAUCGGCCUAUGGCGAAGACAUCAUGCCUUACACGAAUUACACGUUUCAUUUCAAAGGUAUUAUCGAUUAUAUCUUCUAUUCGAAGCAGAACAUGACACCGUUAGGAUUACUCGGACCUUUAUCUCAAGAAUGGUUCAAAAAUAAUAAAAUUAUCGGAUGUCCCCAUCCUCAUAUACCUUCAGAUCAUUUUCCUUUGUUAGUUGAAUUGGAAAUGUCACCUAGCGUUCCUUCGCCAAUGAACGGUUUGCUGAAUCGUAGAUAGCGAGUAAAUUAGAGCGAACAUUUCCCCACAACGAUUUUGAUUGGUUUAUCGCAACGUGUUUUAUUUACCUCGUUUUGUUUUAUCCUUUUUGAAUUUUCAAAGAAGUAAUUCAAUGCUGGAGUUUUGAAUACGGGUUUUUUAAUACCAUGUCUUAACACAUUCGGUACUAACUAGAUAAGUACCAUGAUUGUCAUGAAAAAAAAAUGAAGAUGCAAUUAUUUUUCAAUAUUUGUUUUCAAAAAAGAGAUCUAUUUUAAGCGAUAUUUAAUUGUGACUUGUAAAAGUUUGUUACCAAGAUACCAGUAUUAAUCUUUUACAAUUUUUUUUUAAAUUAUUUUUUUCUACACUUUUUAUUAUCUGCUUUUCGUUGCGGUUUUAUUGAUCAAAAAUGAUUCUUCCUAAAAGACUAUAAACAAAAAAGGUAAUAAAAGCUCGGAUAUUAAUAUUUCACUUUAGAUCGUUCGUGUUGCUAUGUUUUUUUUUUUUUUAAUAAUAUUCCGGGAAUCAAGCUAUUUAUUUUUUUCGUUAAGCUAUUCACUUUCAUUUGAAAAGAAAAAUGAAUACAAAUAAGUUAUUUAUGUUCUUAAAUUAGUAUUUUGCAUGAGGUGGUACGAAAUGUGUAAAUUGCGGUAUGAAAAUUUUCAAACGUGUUGCCUGGCAAGUUUACAUUUUUUUAGUGUGUUACCAGAUCUCUGUGGUUAAUUAUAUUUUUUAACAAUAAUUCCUCUUGUUUAUCACAGUUUCAUGUGUAAAUACGAAUUUUUUUCCAUGUCACUGCCCGUUAGAUGUAAAAUGAUUUCAACGUUCGAAGGGAAUCCUACAUACAUUGUUUGACGGAUUAGCUUUUUGUAACGUGCAUUUUUUUUGAAAAAUAAUUUUUGAAUGCGUUUAUUGAUACAUGACAGAAGUUUAAGCGUGUAUUUAAGUGUUUUUUUUUGUGUAUCAAUGUGUAAUAUCUAGGAUUUGAAUUUUAGAAAUUCGAAAUUUUUUAAAAUCGAGGAUUAAAAAUUUCAUUUGGAUUACAUUUUUACAGUCAUCUCAAAUGUUUUGAGCUGUUUUCAACGAUAAUUUGGAAAUCGAAUUUAAAAUCAAUAAAUUUUAAUACGGGUAUCUUAAUUAUAUCGCUAAUUACACGACACUCACGUGCGUCGGCCUAGCUUACACAUAGAAAUUAGAAAUCUACUUACGGAGUGAUUUUUUUUUCAUCUCAGGGCUUUUCAUAUUGGAAUGAUUGUAAUUAAAUAGAAUUUCAGCGAAAUUUGAAUUAAUUAUUGUAACUGAAUGAUUUUUUUCUCGAUAUUUUUAUGUGUCCAUGUAAUGUAUACCUUGUGAUUUGCAUUAUUAAUAUUUCUCUCCCAUUCUCCCUCAUGUUUCUUUUGAUAGAAACUGUAUCACUGUUUCGAUUCGGUUUUUAUUUUUAUUUUAAGUGUUUCGUGUGUAUUUAUGUUUUAAUUUUAAGUCGAUUUGCGAUAACUAAUUGUGUGUAUUUUACAAGCGGUAUUUUUUUUCUUCGGUUCCAAAGUACUCAUCGAGACUAAAAUUGUAGCAAUUUCGUUGAAAAAUAUCGUACUAGUGAAGAACUUUGAGCUAAACACUCAUUAUUUUGCUCAAAAAAGUUGAGUUCUUGAAAGUAUGAAAAAUUCGAGGGAUAAGAUUACUCAAUUUUUAUCGAAUUUUUGUUACAAUAUUAGUCGAAUUAUUUUUUAGAUUUAGAUCUAAAUCUUUUUAAAAUGUAGUUUAGUUCUACAUUGUUAAAAAUAUUGCAGUAAAUUAUAUGUACCUAUUUAUUGAAUUUGAAAACAAAAGCAACUGUAAUAAUGGAGUAAGGUGAUUUUCUUUUAAAUAAGUGAACGUUUUAAUGUGAGUAUUUUUUAUCACGUAGUAACUUUUAUACAAUUGGUUUUUUUCGGAUCGUACAAAUUGUUCAGCAAUGAUUGGCUCUUAGAAUUAUUCGAUUACAGUAUGAUACUGUACUUCUGCCAAAUUUUUGAACAUGCACUAUGCAGGUUUCAUUAUGUAUUUCUCUAUUUUUUAUUAUUAUGUUUUUUUUUUUCGUUUACAUUUUGUUCUCUUCCGUCACUUAAUGACUUGAAGAAAUUUCAUCGUAAUUUACUCUCUGAAAUCAUCGUUAUUUUAAUUUUUUUUUCCCCAGACUAAAUUAACAUUCAUUCGUGGAAACUUAUUAAACUUAAAGGUACUUAUCGUACCCCUCUCUUUUGAGUUCUAAAACCAAAAAAAGUGAUUAAUAAUCUUUGAACCUAGGCUCUCGAUAUCUCUGUUUGAGUAAUCGUGUGUUUAUGGUUUAUACGGUCAUGUUAAAAAAGUGCCAGACGCUUGAUUAUAAAUAGUGUAGGUACAUCUAAAUUAAGCCAUGUUUUUGCUAUUGUACUUCAUGAAAUUUUCAUUCGUAUUCUUGUUAUUAAUUUUCAAUUCAUCGUUGUACUGUUUUCAUAAAAAUUGUGUUUGUCGUGAAAUGCUAUCGCGGCGUGGAAUAAAAUUAUUUCAAAAAUGUG